GAAUGCUUAAGGCCUUGACCCUCCUCCUCCUCCUCUUCCUCCUGCACCAUCGAUAUCUUUACCGAACAACUCCUCCGAUCAGACAAGGAUUCAGCACAACCUAGAACAACUGCGCGCAGUCAUUAUGACCGGGCUAGAUACUGUUAAAAAACGCCGCGCGCAGCCUGAGAACUUAAACGGCGCAAAGCCAAUGGCCGAUCCAUCACCCACAACACGGACCGUCACAUGGCACGAUAUUCCCGAGUGGCGGCGGGACAACAAGUACAUUCUCACCGGGUAUCGCCCGUUGGAAGCAGACUAUUUACAAGUUAUCAAAAGUCUCACUUUCUUACACAAUGAGACCUGCAACGUUUAUACUCAUUUGAUCGGCGCUGUGUUACUGCCACUCUUUGCAGUCACUAUUCUCCGAACUAUAUAUGGGCCACAGUAUAUUGACGUCACAAGAACCGAUUUCAUCAUGUUCACUAUCUUCUUCUGUUCCGCCGAGAGCUGCCUGGUCUUCAGCGCUAUGUAUCAUCUUAUCGGAAGUCAUUCACACGAGGUGGAGCAAUUUUGGCACCGGAUGGAUUUGCUAGGGAUCGUUAUUGUGACCGUUGGUACCUUCAUUCCCGGGAUCUACUACAUCUUCAAUUGCGAACCAUUUCUGCAGAAGAUUCAUUGGACUAUUGUCGUCCUUUGCGGAUCUGCCACAGCUGCUCUCAUCUGUAUACCUAAGUUUAGGACAUUGCGAUGGCGUAAAGUGAGGGUCGGCGCCUAUGUGGCCCUCGGUGCUUCCGCUUUUAUCCCCUUAUUGCACGGCGUGCAGGUCUAUGGUCUAGAAUAUAUGCUCGAGUAUUCGGGCAUGAAAUGGUACCUUGUCGAGCUCCUUCUGUACGGAGGGGGCUGCGGCCUUUAUGCAUUCCGAAUCCCUGAGCGUUUUGCACCAGGGCAUUUCGAUAUCUGGUUCGGCUCUCAUCAGAUCUUUCAUGUAUCGAUUUUAUGCGCCAUGUAUGUGCAUACAAUUGCGCUGUCGCAGGCUUUCACGGCAUGUCAUACGUUGGACAUAUGCCACAUUCAAUCUGUUCAUCAAGCUAGGGGCAAAAGCUUAUAACGGCCGAGGGCUCAGGGUCAGUAAGGAGGUGCAAAUAGCAUGCUGGUUUCUAUGUUCUAUCACACUUACGGGGCCGAGCUGGUCAAAUGGGAUCACAUAUGCUUUAGAUUCCGACGAGGCACCUAACAAAUCUAUAUCCAAUCAGACCACCAGAGAAACACUAUAUCUUCGACAGGUUGUAGUAAGCCCCCCGGGAGAACUCUUCUGAUUCAGGACAUUGAAUGUGCCUAUCGGAAUCUAAGGGUCAGGAAUUGAAUUGCCAGUCAGCUAGUAGGAUCUAAAGGAACACUUCAAUCUAUGAUAAGAUUCUACGGA